CUUUGGUGAACAAGUACUUGGUGGUGUUGGCGGAUCAGUAUUGGGGGGCUUCGGUGAACAAGUACUUGGGGGUGUUGGUGGGUCAGUAUUUGGAGGCUUUGGUGAACAAGUACUUGGUGGUGUUGGCGGAUCAGUAUUGGGGGGCUUCGGUGAACAAGUACUUGGGGGUGUUGGUGGGUCAGUAUUUGGAGGCUUCGGUGAACAAGUACCUGGUGGUAUUGGUGGAUCAGUAUUGGGUGGUGUUCAUGUUGGUGAACCGCAAUUUGAUGCUGCUAAAGCAGUAUUCAAUCUAACUGAUUCCAAUCGCGAUGGUGUAAAUAGUCAAGAAGAAUUUCACCAAUGGGCUCAAGGUGGUGUUCAAAAUGUUGGUGGACAAUCACAUUCAAUUUAUCCAACAGAAGCAACAGCAGCAAUAACAACGAUAAAUAAUGAAAAUAACUUAUAUCGUCCACAAGGAACUCCAGGUCUUACUCCUGGUGUAGCAAAUAUUCUUGAACAAAGUGGACUUUCAAGAUUUUUUUAA